AAAUGGGUUUCAAAGGGUUCGUCCAUGGCUUAUGCGAAAGAACCCGAAAACUAGAAACUUUUAGGGCAAACGAUUUCGCCAUUUGCAGAGCUUUGUGAUUCGAAGGAGUGAAGACAAUUAUGGAGGCAGGAGACGAAGGGAUUGAGAGAGUAGAGGACUCCAAGGACUUACAGCAACAGAGCAAAGCACUCGACAAACUUACCGACCAUGUCGAAGAUCGUCAGCUCGAUUCGACUCGUGUUCAAGAGGCUAUGGCUUCGAUCGCUGCAUCAAAGGAAGCUGAUUUGAAUGCUAUGAGAUUGAGGGAGAAAGAGUUGGCUGCUGUAAAGAUCAAUGCUGCUGAAGUUGACAUAAUUGCAAGUGAACUAGAGAUGGAUAAAAAGGUGGCUGAAAGAACAUUAAGGGAACACAAGGGUGAUGCAGUUGCUGCAAUAAGACACUUGCUUCAUGUGGGUAAUCUUUAAAUUCAACAUCUGUCUUAUUAUUUCUAAAAUCUUGUUAAACAUCAUUUAGUUUAUGUUACAUUGUGUCACAACUUUUAUGUUAUGCAAUUGAAUCCAAAUGUUCCUAAUUAAAAUGUUGUGAAAUUGAAAUGGAUGUUUUGUGACAAAAGAAUAGAAAACUGUAACAUGAUGCUGAUAUAUUAAGAUGUGACCUCAUGGGAGAAAUUAGAUUACACUAAAGAUAGAUCACAAAAGAGUAUUUUACUUACUUUUAUUUAUGCAGUGUUAGUGUAUGGACAAUUUUUUUUACAAUCUUCCAUUUUAGUAUAACAACUCUUAACUACAAAAUUCUGUUUGCAACAAAUUUGAAACUUAUCGUUAUAAUCACCAGAAUAACAACCAGAUCCAUAUUUAGCCUCUUUGAUCCCGAUUGUGCUACCUUUAUACAAUACAAGUCACAAGAAGAAUAAGAAAGGUGAGCAUAUGAAAGUUCUUCAUGUCAAAUGCUUUCGACCUAGAAGUACAUGAUUAGAAAAUCUUAAAUAUAUUUUUAAGAAAUUAGUUUGAAAACAGAAAACAAA